AUGCCCUCAGAAGGGCACCCCGAGGAUCUCACCAAAGAAACGCUCGAUAGCUCCAAGAGCGAUUCUUCCUCAUCGUUGUCCGAUACCUCGGAUGCACAACCAUUUCACCCUUCUCGCCGAACAUGGCUUGUUUUGAUGACUCUGGCUGUGCUCACUUUGAUGGUUGCAUUGGAUGGCACAUCCAUAUCUGUCGCGUUACCGAUAAUCGCGGAGAAAUUAAAUGGUUCCGCCAUUGAGGCUUUCUGGAGUGGAACCGCUUUCUUGCUGUGCUCAACAGUUUUCCAACCAAAUUUCGCCUCGUUCUCUAAUAUUUUCGGACGCAAGCCUCUGGUUCUCGUUUCGCUCACCUUGUUCUUUGUUGGGACCAUUAUCGCUGGCCUCGCAAACAACUUCACCAACAUGCUAGCGGGGCGUUCCAUCCAGGGAAUAGGUGGGGGUGGACUCAUUGCUCUUACUGAGAUUAUAAUAACCGACCUUAUUCCACUGAGGGAGCGGGGUACUUAUUUCGGUAUCAUCAGUGCUAUGUGGAGUGUUGGUUCAGUUACCGGCCCAAUCCUUGGGGGAGGGUUUUCUCAAAGUGUCUCAUGGAGGUGGAUUUUCUACAUAAAUUUCCCAUUCAUUGGUGUUGGAGCCGUGUUUAUCGUCCUCUUCUUGAAAUUGAAUUUCAUUCCUUCCUCACUACUGUCGAAACUCCGUCGUAUCGACUACGUCGGAACGGUUCUUUUCAUCGGAAGCACCACCUCAUUCCUUAUCCCGGUGACCUGGGGUGGCGUAAUGUACGAAUGGGAUUCCUGGAGGACGUAUGUCCCACUUAUCAUCGGCGCCAUUGGGCUUGUCGUGACGAUGAUCUACGAAUACAAAUUUGCGCAUGACCCCAUUAUCCCCAUAGUCAUCUUUUCAACCAGGACAGCAAUCGUGAGCUACAUAGAGACCACUCUACACGGCCUUGUCCUUUGGUGUGGCUUAUAUUACAUGCCCCUCUAUUUCGAGACUGUCAAAGAAUACACCCCCAUUAUUUCCGGAGUCUCCCUCUUCCCCAUGUCGUUCACCGUUGCCCCUGUUGCUGCCGUGGCUGGUAUUAUCGUUACGAAAACGGGACACUGGCGUUGGGCAGUCUGGACCGGAUUCGCCUUGGCUACGCUGGGGUUGGGGCUCAAUACCAUCCUCGACGUCGACACCAGCAUCGCGGCCUGGAUAUUCCUUAUGAUCCCGACCGGAAUUGGCCUGGGUCUCCUAUUCCCCGCGCUUGGGUUUGCAAUCCAGGCAUCCGCAAGACCGGGCUACAUGGCCAUCGCAGUCGCGAUGUUCAGCUUCUUCCGUGCCUUCGGACAAGCCAUCGGCGUUGCCGUGGGCGGUGUCAUUUUCCAAAAUGAGAUGCACAAGAACCUGCUCCGGUACCCGGAAUUCUCCAGCAACGCGGCGGCGUUGAGCAAGGACGCCGCUGGGCUUGUGCGGGUGGUCCUGGCCAUGGAGGACGGACCUGCGAAGCACCAUCUGAAACAGGCGUACACGGACAGCCUGCGCAUCGUGUGGGCUGUCUGCUGUGCCCUCAUCGGGUUUGCGGGGCUCCUUAGCCUUUUGACGGAGAGCUAUUCUCUGACUAUGGUGAUCGACUCGGAUCAAACUAUCCGGGAGAAGGAGAAGAGUAGCUCGAAUCCAGAGGCUGGACUAUCGAGUUCGUCGUGA